GACCCAACCCCCACUUGGGUAGCACAACAAAUGCCAGCCGGGAAGCCGGUGUCGGAUUUCUUUGGUUUAUUCAUACGGCAGAUUGUGUGUUCGAAUUUAUGGAUGUUCUAGACUAUGACUUUGGAAGAGCAUCAGCGGGCAACCACACUAUAUACAACAGUCCCUCUAAGGACCAACGCGAUUCGAACGCCUCAGCUUGCCUGCUUGUCCUGGCCUUCCUGGCUCUUGCCUCUAUUAGCCACUCGCGCCCCGUCACGGAAAUCCCCAGAUCUGGGACGUUGCAUGCACGCAAUGCGGACCCGAGAAUGAUACCAGGGUCUGAUGAUCUGGUCGGCGAUCUCUUCAAAAGUAUUGAUUUGGAUAAUCUCGCGAAACUCAACAACUGGAAGCAAAAUCAAACCACAAAUGAGAGUAACAGCACCGCGCCUACCAAACCACAAAGCAACGUCACCUCCAGUGCCAACCACACCGCAAAGCAGACAACCCCGAGUGGACUGGCGGACCCUGAGGGUGAACCUUCCGUGUUUGUGUCGGGCCUAUUGCAAUUGCUGUCGGAUAAGUUCAAGCAAGCGUGGCAUAGCAGUGAUGAACACACCUUGAACUAGGGGUGUUCAUGAUUAGGAGGAGAAUGUGACUGUUGAUGAUGGGAUGCUUGGUCUGUGUUUCUUCUAUUGUGUUUCGUUGAUUUU